GGACUCAUACCCAGACCAACGUAAUCUGCAGAACGAUUUGUUUGUUGGAAAUAACAGCGGCAUGGAGCGGACGUUUUUCGACACACUCUUACAUGCGUGCCUCUACGCCGGGCUGAAAAUGUACGGCGGCAACAGAGAGGGCUCUCCUUCUAUGUGGGAGUACCAAAUAGGACCUCUUCCGGGCUUGGAGGCAGCAGACCAACUUCUUCUCUCGCGUUACAUUUUAAUAAGGCUGGCAGAAUCCGUAGGCCUGUAUGUGAAAUUCGGCAACCCGGAAGUGUUAAAGUCUUGCGACGGCAGGAUCACGCUACACGCGAACUUCAGCACUAAAGAAUCUCGGGCGGAGGGGGGACUGAGGGUUCUUGAGAAAAUGGCUGAAAACAUUGAACGUCAUGACCAAGCCUUGAUUAUGAGCCACUAUGACAAUGCAGGAGGCGCCACCAUGAAAUGGUUUCUAUCAGGAAGAGCAUAUAUGCCAAGUUAUGACAAUUUUAAGUGCAAGGUGGGUAAUAAGGAUGACUGCAGCUUGCGGAUACCGGCGAUGGUGGCCCAUGCUGGAAAGGGCUACAUAGAAGAGCGACGGGCUACUGGCGACGCCAACCCUUAUGAUGUAUGUCGGGCCUUAACGGCGUCCGCCCUCUUUGAACCUGGGAGUUGGUAGGACUGCAGGCAUUUUGGAGUCGUUUUAAUAUCACAUUAUUGUAACCUUGGUUAUGAUUUCAAUUGACUUCGCCAUCAUGAAAAUAUACCAUGAUGUAUUUUUUAGAUGAUUAUUAUAAUAUUAUUGUAAAUGCUCAAUAUACAAAUAAUAACGUAUAACUAAUAAUUUCCGUAAGAUGGCCUACACCCAUUAGACAACACGUGGCAAUCAAAUUCAAGAAAAAGACAUCAGCGGGCAUUUUCAAAAUGAAUAAAAAUUAUCAAAUGAAAUACAAAGGCUAAAUAUCUAUUUAUGAUUGUUUCAAAUUUAUAUAUCAUUAACAUCUGUCGAACACAUACAACUACUUGUGGAAUUUUCGUCAAGUAUUUGUUUAGAAGUUACGACUUGGUAUUUUCUUUUAACAUUCUUAUACAGUGGUAGGUGCCGAUAUUGUCAGGACGCUGGCCGGGCAAAGAUUUAGAUUGUUACCUGUAGGUAGGGAUUGACCCAAUCAUAGGAGCUGCCAUGCCUUUGUACGCUACUGUUUCUGAUAAUAUCAGUAAAAUCUAGUAGUAUUUAAAUUACACGAUAAUUUAAGUACUUCUUCUAAGCAAAACUUUCCAAAGAUUUUUGCUAGCAUGCUAAAUUAAAUAUAGCAUUUUUACCAACUACACGUCACUGUGCCAUGCUAUAAUUCCCAUGUACAUACUCACUUGUUUUAAAUUGUCAGUUAUUUAUGCGCGUGAAGAACUAACCAGUGGUGUCGUUAGUGUGAUCAAUGCACACAGUGCUCUUAUCCAAUUUACUGUUUGUAAUUGUAUGCAUGAAUAUAAUAAGAAGCAGUCUUUGUAAAUACUUGUAAUAAUAUUGUACCUAUUUAUAACUUUAACACCAGCUGUUUGUUAUGUUCUGAUAUGUUAUGUAUGUCGGAAAAUAGCUCUUUGUUUCUUUGUUAGCAUAUACCCGACUUUAAAUAAAGAUUAUUGUAUCUAUUGUAUCUUGUAGCAUGUUUUAUUAUUAUAAAGUUCUAGUGUAAUGCAUUUUAUCAAGACAGUAUUAAUGUGUGCUCGUUACAUAGCGAUCUGUCAAGUAUUUUAGGCUGACAAUCAUAGAUUGAAUAGAAUAUCCCAUACGGGAUAAUAUCAUUUUGUAC